AUGAUUCCUUCCGGAAGCAGUGCCAAGGCCUCUCCGCGGGAAGAUAUCACGAAGGUCGUGGACAGCAAACAGGUGACAGUUCAGGUGUCAGAGUCUGGCGAACUGGUGGCAGAGCAAGAUGCGCCGCUGUCACCUGACGAUUUCGUGCGUAUCCUCGUGGUAACUCGGAGAUGGCUGCGCAAAGGUCGCCUCACCGGAUAUGUUAGUGAACUGCAUCUGGAAAUGUUGCAGAGUCACAAUGCCGUGCCGGUGAUGGUUCCUCGAACUCCGUGGACGCGCGCCAUGCUGGACGGUUUCAUGCCAAUGCAUGGCUUGUUGUUGGUUGAAGGCGAAGAUAUCGGCCAGUCACUUGAUCCGUACAGGGGCACUGCGUCAGUGGAUCAAGUGCAGAAGCUUGAGGUACAGUCGAUGCACCCUGGGGAGGUCACGUCCGACGAGGAGCGGGACGCGAUUGAGUUGGAGCUUCUUCAGCGUUGUCACAGGGACGGCAUACCCAUUUUAGGAAUUUGCAGGGGGUGCCAGCUUAUCAACAUAUUUCGUGGCGGCUCACUGUACUACGACAUUGGUCUACAAGUCGGCAAGGGCGUUCAGCAUAUCAACUACAGCAACUACGAUGCGUCAGAGGCAGGUGCUGAGCAAGAACCGCGUCACGGUCUCACCACGGAAACCCAGGCCAAUGAGAUGGCCACGACAACCUGUGCACCCGCCGGUUUGGCUCAGAGAUGCGCCGACAACAGUUCCUAUUCCGGUCCUCAAAUGGACAAGGGUGACGUCUUUUUCAGUUUGCAAGUGAACUCGUACCACCACCAAGGAGUGCGCCAGUUAGGCGAGGGCUUGGUUCCGAUUGCCUAUUCUGAAGACGGUCUAGUUGAAGCUUAUUGUGACGCUGGCAUGAUGGCAUCUGAAAGCCGGCGAGCGGGAGCGGACCCGACAGGUGGAAGCUGGAAGGAUGCCGAACGCAGUACCGGGCAGCCCCGAAGACAUUUUGUGCUUGGUCUUCAGUGUGGACGCGUUAAUAUCGUCUCGUAA